GAUAUACAUGUGCUGCCUGCUUACACAUACACAGGGAGAGAAGUACAGAAAGAGGUUGUGACAAUCCAUGCUAAUGCACUACAUAACAGACUAAGACAAAAAGAAGUAAAGAAGUCCGACUGCCACAGAGAUCAGAAUGGUUAUCACCAGUUUCCCCAAACAGCCUUGCCCUGCAAAACAUACAGAGGUGCGAGGCAGAGAACAUACACAUUGAGUUGUUUACAGAUCCCCUUUAGUGGUAGUAUACAUGAGUGCCCAAUUAAUGCACUCGAGUGCACUUUGUGAAUGUGAAGUAGUCUCACUGGAUGUAAUUCUAUCAUCAUCUGAAGUAAAAUUGUAAGAAUAAGUAUUGCACAGAAGAAGUGGUAUUAUA